AUGCCCAGGAACUCUGAGAUCGACGGAACUGCACCGACCGUGUUGUUUCACAUUGACCAGGCGGACCCCAGCGCGGCGUUCCUGCGCGCAGCCCGAGCUGGCCAACUCGAACGAGUCCUCGAACACCUCGACAACGGGGUCGACAUCAACACGUCCAACGCGAAUGGACUAAAUGCUCUCCACUUAGCAGCAAAAGAUGGCCAUUUGGAAAUUGUGUCAGAGCUACUCAAACGAGGAGCAACUGUUGAUGCAGCCACGAAGAAAGGCAACACAGCUCUUCAUAUCGCAUCACUUGCUGGGCAGGAAGAGGUAGUGAAACUGCUGGUUAAGAGUGGAGCUGCAGUCAAUGCACAGUCGCAGAAUGGCUUCACUCCAUUGUACAUGGCUGCUCAAGAAAAUCAUGAUGGUGUUGUAAAAUUCCUUCUAAGCAAAGGAGCCAACCAGAGUCUUGCCACAGAGGAUGGUUUCACUCCAUUGGCUGUUGCAAUGCAGCAGGGCCAUGAUAAAGUUGUCGCUGUACUUCUUGAGAAUGACACAAGGGGUAAAGUGCGCCUCCCUGCCCUUCACAUAGCUGCGAAGAAGGAUGACUGCAAAGCAGCAGCUCUUCUGUUACAGAACGAUCAUAAUCCUGAUGUCACAUCCAAAAGUGGAUUCACACCACUGCACAUUGCAGCUCAUUAUGGAAAUGAAAAUAUUGCCAACUUGCUGUAUGAAAAAGGGGCUGAUGUGAACUACUCUGCUAAGCAUAACAUCACUCCACUUCAUGUAGCCUGUAAGUGGGGAAAGAUUAAUAUGGUGUCACUAUUGAUUGACAAGGGAGCCAAUAUUGAAGCGAAAACUAGAGAUGGGCUGACACCACUACAUUGUGCAGCUAGGUCUGGACAUGAUCAGGUCGUGGAUCUGUUGUUAGAGAACAAAGCUCCUAUACGUUCGAAGACUAAGAAUGGUCUUGCACCGCUUCAUAUGGCAGCACAAGGAGAUCAUGUAGAUGCGGCUCGAAUCCUCCUAUAUCAUCGGGCUCCUGUGGAUGAUGUGACUGUGGACUACCUGACAGCAUUACAUGUUGCGGCGCACUGUGGUCAUGUUCGUGUUGCCAAAUUGCUUCUAGACCGGAAGGCUGAUCCAAAUGCCCGUGCCCUUAAUGGCUUCACACCACUGCAUAUUGCAUGCAAGAAAAACAGGAUAAAACUUGUUGAACUGCUUUUGAAGUACAAUGCCUCAAUUGAAGCUACAACAGAGUCUGGUUUGACGCCUCUUCAUGUGGCAAGUUUCAUGGGCUGUAUGAAUAUAGUCAUUUAUCUUCUACAACAUAAUGCAAACCCCGAUAUCCCAACAGUUCGAGGAGAAACUCCUUUGCAUCUAGCAGCCAGAGCAAAUCAGACUGACAUAAUCAGGAUAUUGUUACGGAAUGGAGCUCAAGUAGAUGCCAAGGCUAGGGAAGAGCAAACUCCACUCCAUGUGGCAUCACGUCUAGGAAAUACUGAUAUUGUUAUGUUGUUACUACAACAUGGUGCAGCAGUUGAUGCCACUACCAAGGAUCUUUACACACCAUUACACAUUGCAGCAAAAGAGGGUCAGGAUGAGGUUGCUUCAGUCUUGCUGGAAAAUGGUGCUUCCUUGACAGCAACAACCAAGAAAGGAUUUACACCACUGCAUCUUGCAGCUAAAUAUGGAAACCUUAAAGUUGCAAAACUGCUAUUACAGAAGGAUGCUCCUGUUGAUGCUCAGGGGAAGAAUGGUGUUACUCCUCUACAUGUCGCAAGCCACUAUGAUCAUCAGAAUGUGGCACUACUACUUUUAGACAAGGGUGCUUCUCCUCAUGCAACUGCCAAAAAUGGACAUACUCCACUUCACAUAGCUGCAAGAAAGAACCAGAUGGAUAUUGCGACCACUCUCUUAGAGUAUGGUGCCAAGGCAAAUGCUGAGUCAAAGGCUGGUUUCACACCCCUUCAUUUGGCAUCACAGGAAGGCCACACUGAUAUGGCAUCACUGUUGAUUGAACAUCAGGCUGAUCCUAACCACAAAGCCAAGAAUGGUCUCACUCCCCUCCAUUUAUGUGCCCAAGAAGAUAAAGUCAAUGUUGCAGCUAUAUUGGUGAAGAAUGGUGCUGAGGUGGAUUCUACAACAAAGGCAGGCUAUACCCCUCUCCAUGUGGCAUCACACUUUGGACAACUCAACAUGGUCCGUUUCCUAUUGCAACAUGGUGCAAAUGUGGACAAGAGCACAGCCGUCGGAUAUACUCCAUUGCACCAGGCUGCUCAGCAGGGUCACAUGCUUGUUAUCACAUUACUUCUGGAAAAUAAAGCCAAGCCAAAUGCUCUCACAAACCAAGGACAAACUGCUUUGUCAAUUGCACAGAAACUGGGCUAUAUCAGUGUUGUUGAGACACUGAAAGUUGUGACUGAAACAACAGUAACCACCACCACCACUACUACAAUCGAAGAAAAGUACAAGGUCGUAGCACCAGAGUCUAUGCAAGAAACAUUCAUGUCUGAUUCUGAAGAUGAAGGUGGUGGUGACGAAGUGUUGGAUAUGGCGAUGAAUGUUUACGGAAAACCUACCCAUGCCCAACAUGUCUACUUGCCUUACUACCAAGGUCAAAUGCAGUAUACACGUGAAGAUCCAGGAAUGAAUGAUCAUCAGCAGUACCGUUACAUGACAGUCGAUGACAUGAAAUCACUUGGUGAUGAUUCUUUGCAAAUUGAUGUCACUAGGGAUGAGAGGAUUGAUGUCAAUAGGAUGUCAGUUGCUCCUGGUGGUAUAACUGAAGUCAUUUUAGCGCCACAACACACAAAGGAGAGUUAUGUACAGGCCGUCAACCAAUAUAACACUCUGCAUGCACCAGACAAUGUCGAUAUUGCACGCCAUCCUGUACACAUGGGCAUUCCCCAUUGGAGAAAUUUUCUCGUGAGCUUCUUGGUGGAUGCUCGUGGGGGUGCAAUGCGUGGAUGCAGACAUUCCGGAGUGCGUGUAAUUGUUCCUCCACGUAAAGCAGCAAUGCCAAUGCGCAUCACAUGCCGCUAUCUCCGCAGGGACAGGUUAUCAAAUCCACCUCCCUUAAUGGAAGGUGAGGCACUUGCUAGCAGAAUCCUUGAAUUAGGACCUGUUGGAGCGAAAUUCCUUGGACCAGUGAUUAUAGAAGUUCCUCACUUUGCCUCACUUCGAGGCAAAGAACGUGAGAUUAUAAUUCUGCGUUCUGACAAUGGAGAUACAUGGAGGGAGCACACACUUGAAGCGAGUGAAGAAGCUGUUCAGGAUGUUUUAAAUGAAAGUUUUGAAGGAGAAGAAAUGAGCCAACUUGAAGAUCUCCAUACAAAUCGUAUAACACGUAUUCUUACGGUUGACUUCCCACAUUACUUUGCUGUUGUAUCUCGAGUGAAGCAGGAAGUGCAUGCUAUUGGUCCUGAAGGAGGCAUGGUGUCCUCAAGUGUUGUUCCCCAAGUACAAGCAGUAUUUCCACAAGAUGCCCUUACCAAAAAGAUCAGAGUUGGAAUUCAGGCUCAACCUAUCUCUGCUGAUUUGGCAGCAAAACUCCUUGGGAACAGAGUUGCUGUUUCACCUAUUGUCACUGUUGAGCCAAGAAGACGAAAAUUCCACAAACCAAUCACACUGACAAUACCUGUUCCACAAGCAGCAAAUAAAGGGAUGAUAAAUCAGUAUUCUGGAGAUGCACCAACACUCAGGUUGCUGUGCAGCAUUACAGGUGGAACAACAAGAGCGCAAUGGGAGGAUGUUACUGGUUCUACUCCUCUGACAUUUGUGAAGGACUGUGUUACAUUUACUACAACAGUUUCAGCACGAUUUUGGCUAAUGGACUGCAGGAACAUAGCAGAUGCAACCAAAAUGGCAACGGAGCUAUAUCGUGAAUCUAUACAUCCCCCAUUUAUGGCAAAAUUUGUUGUAUUUGCAAAACGAGUUGAUCUGUUAGAAGCAAGACUGCGUGUGUUUUGUAUGACUGAUGACAAAGAAGAUAAGACACUGGAACACCAGGAACAUUUUACAGAAGUGGCUAAAAGCAAAGAUGUUGAGGUGCAAGAAGGGAAGACAGUAUACAUUGAAUUUGCUGGUAAUCUGGUUCCUGUGAUGAAGUCUGGUGACCAACUACAAAUGGGUUUCAGAGCAUUCAAAGAAAAUCGUUUACCUUUCACUGUACGAGUGAAAGAUCCAGAUGAAGAUACUGUUGGUAGAAUACUUUUUAUGAGAGAACCAAAGGUUGCUAAAGGGGAACCAGCUCAAACACCUAUUUGUACUCUCAACAUUGUGCUACCCGAUAACGUUAUUCCUGAUGCUGGACCAUCAGAACCAGACUUGCUGGAACUAGAAAAAAAUUACAGUUUCCUUAGAGAUGGCAUUAGUCAUCCAGAUGCUAUUCAUCGGGCUGACAUACGCCUCUCAGAUAUAUCAAACCUUCUUGGAUCAGAUUGGGUGGCCUUAGCUGGUGAGCUAGGAAUCUCAACUUCAGAUGUAAAUCUAAUAAAGACUGAAUAUCCAGACAAUGUGAAUCAACAAGCCAUGGUGAUGCUGCGAUUGUGGCUUCAGACAUCGGGUAAUAAAGCAAAUGGAAAUGUGUUGGAAAAAGCACUUCGAAAAAUAAAUAGGGAUGAUAUUGUGAACCAGUGUGUCUUUAAUGUGGAGCUUGUGACAGAUGACAUGGAACGUGCUGUAGCUAAAGUUCAUCUUGACCAAUCUGGUUUUGACAACCUCCGAGAGGAGCUUGGACCAUCUCGAGAUGCAACCCUUCGACGAAAUACAAGUCUUGAUCCAUCUUACACAGAGCAAGAUUUAAUGAAGGAGUCUGAAUCUGUUGAAGAACUGGUAAACUCCGAGAAACAGGCCAAAGAUAAAGGUGAUGAAAAAAUGGCAGGACUUGAGCGGAAGGAUUAUGUAGAAGGUGAGGAAAAGUAUGCAGCUGAAGAAAAGGAUGUGAAAGGAAUUAUGGAAGAUUUUCUGUCUCAUGAGAAAGGACAGACAUAUAGAAAUGAGAUACAGAAAGUUUCAGAUCAGUUAGAGAAGCUAGACGUUUCGUCACCCCACAUUGUUGAGACAACUGUAAUAACAAAGAAGGAGAUUCACUCACCAAAAUCAUCCAAGACGCCACCUCCAAGUCCAGCAGAAUUCCAAGAUAAUUUAGGUUUCUCGGACGGCAAACCACAGCUAUUUGGGUCGCAUGCUGAAAGUCGCACUGCACUUGACACUAGCAUAGAUCUUAGUUCGCAUGAUGGCCACAUUCCCACUGUCAGGCUGCAUGAGGAAGGUCCAAUUGUCACCUCCACACCACAGCCACGCUUGAAACCUGUGCGCAAAGCAUCCAGAUCUUCCCAUGAUGACCCUUCUACAGCUGUAAUGGAUGAUGUUCAAUGGGACUUUGGUUCGGACAAUGAGACACAAGGAAAUGUUAUUGUGAAAACCAUCAGAACUAUAUAUGGGGAUCCAAAUGCCAUUGAAAAUGAGAAAUUCAUCCAAAAUGAGGCUACAGUGAGUGGGAAAGUUGCUUUGAAUCCAUCUGGCAAGCUUGAAGAUAAAGAAUGUUUUAGCCCCACUAAACAAAAUUCAGAAAGUAAAGAAGAUGUGGAAGAGCCACAAUUUAGUGCUGUGUACACACCAAAACCAGCACUCCGUUUAAGCAAGGUUUCUGGAAGUGUUACAGACAAUGUACUUGUAAAUGUUGGCAGCAGUGUUCCAAGUAAAAAUGUCAUCUAUGAAGAAACAAAGUCUGUAACACAUUCGCUGCAGUCUUCUCCUGGUGACAAAAGUGCUGAUGGUGAUGCAGUUAAUAGCCUCGCUGUGAACAUGAACGAUGAGAGGUGCAGCACCAAUUCUGUGACUGUGAACAGUGAUUCGGAUGUGGAAACUGACAGUAUGGCAUCUCCACUGUCAGGGAUGAGGGUAUCCAUCAGGAGAAGGACCAUUGGCAGCUCCAGUGGCUCCGAUGUCGCACUGCAUGAAGGCAACGACCUCUCAGAUGAUGACCAUCCAGUGUUUGCCAGUAGAUGGUAUGGCUUGAGUCGACGCUGGCUCAUCCCAGCUUGCUUCCUGUUGGCUCUGUUAGCCUGUGUCGCGCUGCAUGGCUGUGCCUCCCCAUACACUCUAGUGAUGCACCGCUUCUUAUCCCAUGUCGUUGCUGCUCAUGGGUCUGAUUACUUUCAAGGAACAGAUCAACAGAUCUUCUCUGAGACAGUCACCACUGAUUUUGAUCCAGCAACACAAAGAAAGGCAGUGACCACCCGUACAGUAACUACGUCAUCCACAGGGGAACCAAGUGAUGGCCUAAGACAGUCAAUGCAAGAAAUAGUUGAUAAAUUCAUGCAAGAUGAACGUAAACAGCCAUAAAUUUUAAAUGUUAAAAAAACUGGUAUUUUCUUCUACAGAAGAUAUACUGUAGAAGACAAUUUACAUUUGAUUUGGACUGUAAUUAUUUAUUGUGAAGUAAAGCAUAUUGCUUGAGGAUGGUGCUGCUUAAAAUUUUUCUUAAAUAUUUCAUUGCUCUAUUUCACUGUGGGAUUUAUAAAACUUAUAAACAGAACAUUCAGAGAAAUCUUUCAUGUUAGACUUUGAGGAAAAUAAAUACAGCAACUUAUUUUCAGAUAUUUUGAGCUUUGAAGUCUAUUUUGUAUGAGUUGUGUUCAUCAAACUGGACUGUAAUAUAUAUUUGUGAAAUAACGUGUCAUUUGUGACUUAAAAUAAGUUCACUGAUGUGCAAAGAUAUAGAAAGAGAAGAGUGUCAAAAUCUCAAAAAUUAAUUUUGUUUUCUUCUGUUUCCUUUUUAAAAUAUUACUUUAGAUCUGUAGUUGCAAAUGUAGAGUCUACAUUGUUUUGUCUGACACUAUUGAACUGGAAAAGUAAAUUCUUUCAGAUUAGAAACUGAAGGUAAUAUUGGUUCAAUAAUUUUCUUGUUGGUGAACCCCAAAGAGCAAGCUAACAGAAAAGAAUUGUUGACAAGCGAACAGCUGAUAUUAAAAUUGUGACAAUUUGUGCUUCUGAUUGCAAACAAAAUUGAAAGGUAUUAAUUUUUGAUGUAAUUUGUAAAUAUUUUGAAUAAUGGAAGUGGCUGUUAAAGAAUUUUGACCUGCCCUUUUUUCUAUUGUACUUAUCGGAAUAAAUAUUUUGAGAAAUAUGCACCAGCUCAUUUAUACUAUGCUUUUCACAGCACAAAUUACUACACUGCCUAUUGUGUGGUACUAUGUUAGUGCCACAAUAGUAAAGAAUGUCAUAGAUUAUCAUGCAUUUCUCAGCUUGUUUGUUCCUCAAAAAGUUAUAGUGCAGAAAUGAAGAGACUAGUUGAUGAAUUUGUAACAGAAGCUAAUUGGAAAACAAGUAUAUGUUGUAAUAAUGGAAUAAGGAUAAACUGAUUAUUGAAGCAGCAAUAUAAAUUAAUUCAUAGAGUUGCAUAAUGUAUCAAAAUAGAAGUGUGCCUAAUUUUUCUCAAUGAAAUUUGUCUUUCUGAGUCACUGAUCAUCAGCUCUUACAUUGCUCCUUGACAGAAGAUAAGUGUCACUGUUAAUAGGUCUGUUGAUUUGUAUGCCCUACCUGUUCAGCUUUGAAUGUAAUUCUUAGGAAUAAUGGACUUGUGAACUUCCAAUUACAACCAAGAAAGCAGAAGGAGCUAAGUGCAAUUACAACUGCAUUUUUCUUGUUCAUGCAGUACCAGUAUAAUUGGAAUGUGGCCAAUGCAAGGUACAGUUUUGUGAAAAUGUUUUCUGCUGUGGAGAUUGAUUUGGAAUUCCUUGUAGAAGCUCUAAAUGAUGCAUUGGUGCAUGUAUCAUAUUUUCUAAUGUCCUGGAAUAAUGUAUUAUUCUCUUAAGCAGUCUGUAACACACACACAUGCAUGUGUGGCCGCAGGUGCACAAACACACACACACACACACACACACACACACACACACAGAUAUGUGCUUUAAUAGAUGCCUUUCACAGACAUAAUAGACAGUGAUCUCAGAAAUGCAAAUUAUUCAAACAAUAAAUGUAGAUACCUGUAGAAUUAUUAGGAGAGUCAUAUUUUGUAUGUGUCAAUGGAAGUUUGUUUGACUGUUAGCUAAUUUGAAACUGAAUUUUGAAGCCAUAUGACUUGCAGAAGCUAGUUACUGUUGAAUAUUGAAAUUUUUAAUAAAUAGUUACAAGAAGAAUUCAUAAUAUUUUGUAUAUAUAGAAUAUAAAUUACAUUAAGCUUUAUUGAAGGUACUUCAAGAUAAACGCCAAGGGCAAGUUUGAUUCUCAUGGUCUUCGAUGCUGAAGGUAUAUAUUGAUAUAAUGGUACAAAAUCAUUUUGACUUUCUAAAAUAAUAACUUAACCUAAUGUUGCUUGAUUGGUGGAGACCUAGGUUGACAGCACACAGCAUUAUUCACAAGUGUUGUUAAACAGCUGUUCAUCAACAAAAUAUUUGCACCCAAUACUUGGGUGAAUUGGUGAGUGAUAGGUAGUUGCUGUUGGAAAUACAUACGAAUUUUUAGAUCAAUGUUAUGAAAUAUGUGAGAUGUAAAAUUUCUUGAAAGUCCUCAAACCCAUUACACUGCAGCUUUUACUAGUAAUUCAAGACCAAUGAUAUAUUAGCACUUGUACCAUAUUUUCUAAAUUGUAUUCAUUUUGCUCCAUUUGGAGUACCAUAGUUUACCAUAAAUGGUGCCAGAUACUGCAUGGGAACUAUUGUUUGCACAGUUACAGUCUUUGUUCUUCUUCUGUGUUUAUCAGUAGGUUAUGUUGUGGUGACUUUUUUCUUUUUUUUUUUUUAUUGGAUCUUUCAUAAGCAGACAUUUUGUGGUUUGUGGCUGAUCUUAAAUGGAACUGUCAGUAAUGAUUUUUUCACCUAUAUCCUGGCAUUUGUUUGCAUUCCAUACCAAAAUGCAAUACUACUCUACUAUUCACAAGAGAAAAAUAGUAUGCCUAACAAGAAAUAAAUACCUCAUUCCAAUUAAAUUUUGCAUAAAGAAUAAUACUUUGACUAAACAGUAAUAGUAACAAUAUUAGUAACUCCAAGUUUUCUAAAUUUAAAAAAAUGUGGAAAGUAGUUUGUCUACUGUUAAUUGCUUGAGAAGUGCAACAAGUUUUGAGAUCUUUUAUGACACUUUGUUUUAUUUUGUAAUAAGAAGUGUAAAGAAAAUAUUUUAGUCCAUCUGAGAACUGUUGUAUAAUAUUUCUGUGAUGUUUGAAAUAAAUGUUAUGAAUGGAAGAUGUGAAUUACUAAACAACACUUUCUUAUUUAGGUUAUGCAAUGUCACCAGAGGUUUUGUAUAUAUUGUAAAACAUUUGUAGAAUUAUUAUGCUUAGAAUAACUUCUGUAAGCACAGAUUAUGAAACACUGCAUAGAUAUUUUCAGAGAUUUUUAUUUUCAUAUAGCAAAACAUUGUCUGUAUAAAAUAUGUUCAUUAUGUAUGACUGUCAUGGAUUCCUCUUUCUUGCUAUAUUCUUGUCACCUUAAACAUAAAGUUUAGGAUAUUGGUGACAUGAAGAAAUACUGUGGGACAGAGUGUAUAAAUAUGUCAAGUUCCAGGAAGGUGGAAUAGUGGGAUUUAAAAUAUUAUUUUAUAAUACUAUCAGAAAUGGUCAUUUCAAUAUAAGUUUUUAAAAGUAAUGGGGCCACGGCACAGAAGUUGCACUGUAGCAGGUUAGCACCAAUUUGUUGCCUUAUGUUAUGUUAAGGACAAACUAUGAACUAUGUAAUGAAAAUAUAUAUGUCUAUCAGAAAACAGCUAAGUGAUUAAUGUUUGUGUAUUCACAGUAAAAAGCUUGUAAGAAGUAAGAAACCGUGUGUUUGUAAUUUCCGUCAUUGUGUGUGAUACUUUUUUUAAUUUAUGCAGCUAAAGUUUAAAAUGCUAUUAUGAUGCAUCUAUAGCUUCUAAAAAGUGUCAGUAAUGUAAUAUAAAUAAAAUAAAGCCACCUCUUAUUUGUUUAAA